AUGAAAGUCAAAAUAAAGCAAUGGCACGCGGUUGCUAUGUGGCGAUGGGAUAUGCCUGAGGAUGAAGUCUGCGGAAUCUGUCGAGUACAAUUUGACGGAACUUGCCCAACUUGUAAGUUCCCGGGCGACGAUUGUACGUUGUUGAUAGGAAAAUGUGGCCACUCGUUCCAUAUGCACUGUCUCCUAACAUGGAUCCAACAAGAGUCUUCGAAGGGACUUUGCCCCAUGUGCCGCCAGAAAUUCGAGUGGAAACAAGCGGGUGAAAAGGAUCAGCAGGCAACUUGA